ACAUACAUACAUGCGCACGUGCUAAGAUGCGCGCUUGGUCCCCUCCGCCCGCUUCGCCAAACUUUUCAAAAGGAACACAGCCGUUUUAAAAUUUUUUAGUGGAACGCAUCCCCCGCCAGCACUGCAGAAAUGGUAUGCUUACUUUCGCUGCUGCUUUUCACCCUGCUGAGAAAUAACAAAACGCAUGCAAAAAGGAGUGCACACCGGUUGAGUGCGGCGCCGUUCAUACAGUUCCCGGGCGGGGGAGUUCCCCAGGGGAAGGCGAGGCGCAACUGGGCGGAAAGGGGUAGCGGGUGCAGCGGUGUAUACGGCCGCCGCAUCAAGGCGAGGGGGGCGUCCUCCAACUCGUUGCCGCGGUCGAUAGGGGAUGAUCAGGAAUGCGCCGCACCUGGAGAGGAAAGCGCAUCGCAUAGUGCGGCAGAGAGAGCGGCAUAUGGGAUGGCCCCAAGUGACCCCCCUGCGAAGGGAAUGAAAAGUGUUAAGAAUGGCGAGUUGCGCAUGGAUGCUGCCACAGGCGUGGGAGGUUUCCUGGUAGGGGAGGGAGCCCAUAUAGAAGAGCCCCCCCCCGAAGGAAAGCAAACCCACAAAGGUAGCAGCGGAAGAAGCGGCAGAAGCAGUAGCCACCGAAGGUACAGGAGGAGGGAGGGGCUGCUGCCCCGGGUGAACCACAUCAAAGACAUGAAGAAGGACGUGAAGCUGUUCUUUUUCAAAAAAAGAAUAAUCUACCUGACGGAGGAAAUAAACAAAAAAACGGCCGACGAGCUGAUCAGCCAGUUGCUAUACCUAGACAGCCUCAACCAUGAUGAUAUAAAAAUUUAUAUAAAUUCCCCAGGGGGGUCCAUAAAUGAGGGACUAGCCAUUUUGGACAUCUUCAAUUAUAUCCAGUCAGACAUACAGACAAUAUCCUUUGGCUUAGUAGCAUCUAUGGCUUCGGUCAUUUUAGCUAGCGGAAAAAAGGGGAAGAGGAAAUCUCUGCCCAACUGCAGAAUUAUGAUCCAUCAGCCUCUGGGAAAUGCCUUCGGCCACCCCCAGGAUAUAGAAAUACAGACCAAAGAGAUUCUUUAUCUGAAGAAGCUGCUGUAUAAUUACUUGUCCUCUUUUACUAACCAGACAAUUGAGACGAUUGAGAAGGACUCAGACAGGGACCACUACAUGAAUGCGCUGGAGGCGAAGCGGUACGGAAUUAUUGACGAGGUGAUUCAGACGAAGCUGCCGCACCCGUACUUUGGCGGGGCGGUGGAGUCAGGCAGUGGCUGAUCGGAAGGGGUGAGCUACUCUACUUGGUACAGAGCACCCAUUUAAUUAUACCUCUUUUUUUUUGCGAGGUUAAUUUUUUAGUUUUUGUAAAACAGUUUGAACAUACGUAAGUGCGUCAU